AUGGCUCGGAUCCUAAUGGAAUUAGACAUCGUUAAGCAGCAGGAACGAGGGAACGGGCUACUGUGUGGUGACAUCCACGGGCAGUUUUUUGACCUGAUGAAGCUGUUUGAAGUCGGAGGAUCACCCAAUAACACCCGCUACCUCUUCCUGGGGGACUACGUGGACAGAGGAUACUUCAGUAUAGAGUGCGUGCUGUAUUUAUGGAGUUUAAAGAUAAACCAUCCCAAAACGUUGUUCCUCCUUCGAGGGAACCACGAGUGCAGGCACCUCACAGAAUACUUCACCUUCAAGCAGGAAUGUCGAAUCAAGUAUUCGGAGCGAGUGUACGACGCGUGCAUGGACACGUUUGACUGUCUUCCUCUCGCUGCCCUCCUCAACCAGCAAUUCCUGUGUGUGCACGGGGGCCUGUCUCCAGAAAUCACGUGUCUAGAUGACAUUAGGAAAGUCCCUCCCCACCCAGCCCAUUCCAGGAUUGCCUCUGGACAUUUCUUUCUCUUUUCCCUUCCAGCUGCUGUUCUGAAAUACGAAAACAACGUCAUGAACAUCAGRCAGUUCAACUGUUCCCCUCACCCCUACUGGCUUCCAAACUUCAUGGAUGUCUUCACAUGGUCCUUGCCUUUCGUAGGGGAAAAGGUCACCGAGAUGCUCGUGAACAUCCUCAACAUCUGCUCCGAUGACGAGCUCAUCUCGGACGGCGACGAAACGUUGGAAGGUGGGACAACGGUCCGCAAGGAGAUCAUCAGGAAUAAGAUCAGAGCCAUUGGCAAGAUGGCACGGGUCUUCUCGGUUCUUCGGGAGGAGAGCGAGAGCGUGCUGACCCUCAAAGGCCUGACCCCCACAGGUACCCUGCCCCUGGGAGUGCUCUCAGGGGGGAGGCAGACCCUGCAGACCGCCACAGUAGAAGCGGUAGAGGCACGGGAAGGUAUGGCUAGAACCCGGCGAGAGACUCAAAUCAUCUCCGUGUGUGCGUGCGCUCAUUUUAAAGAGCUUUACCAGCCCUUAACGGAAGCUUUUUACUCUUGCAUCACCAGAAGUGGGGGAGGACGAGGCCCUGCUGGGAAAAAAAAAACAAAAAACCACCCAGUGGGGUUGGUUCAAGGCUGUUCCAGCUUGAGCAGUUCAUUCCUCGCUGGAACACCUUUAUUUGGAGUUGAGACCUUGGUGUUGAGGUCCUGCAAUUUGCCAGCGCCGUCAAAAUCCUUAAAAAAAGGGAUUUUGUGGUGCUGAUCCUUCCCCACAGGCAGGCCAAGGUGGAGAGGCCAUUCUCUCCCUGUGGAGCGUAGGAAUGACAGAUCCGUGAGGAUUUUUCCUCGAUACGGAGCGAGGCUCUGUGGAGGCUUUGCUUCCCCGAGGGAAGUUGUUUGUAAAGCAGCCAAGUCCUUGUAAAAGAUCUGGCACGGCCUCCUUUUCCUUAAAUUAUCCUUAGCACAAAGGAGUUUGACAUUUGGUCCGUGUCAUCGGGGUGAGGGUGACGUGCUCGUCCCCGCGGUGAUGGAACAGGGACAUGAAAUUCCUCCGUGGGAUUCAUCCCUCCCAAAACUGCCCGUGUGUCUCCUGGUCAUGCAAGAAUUUUGCCUUUUGUGAUCCAAGGACUAGCUGUUCCCUCUCCUGGUGUUGCAGUGUGUGGUUUGUGUCGGAGUUCAGAGCCUUGUGGUGGUGUCUUUGUUCUGUCCUUCUGGGUUUUGCUUUCUUUUUUUUCAUUUUAUUUGGUUUUUAAUUGUUCUUUUUUAGUGUCGUGUUCUUUCAGCUUUGAAAUUUUUCCCCCGAGAUUUCACUCUC